UUUUUUGGCUUGGCCGCAUCCUGUUGUUCACGUUAACUUAGAAGUUUGAUUUUUGACAAACGGAGAACAAUGUGAUCCUUUACAUAAUAUGGGUUACGUUCCUUUUUUCUUCUGAGAUACGGAACCCUUUAAAGGUUGUUCAAAGCGGGUGCGGAUCGCGACACGCGAUCCGAUUCAUGUUUUGAUUUGAGUUUUGACCCUGUUCGCUUGUGUCCAGACUCCCAGAAUAGAUAACAUGGUUGUUCGUUAUUCCUCUCGGUCGAUUGUCGAAUAGGUCGAGUGUUGACCCGACUCGACUAUCGCGUCGCGACGUGUGAACGUGGCGUGGCACGUAGUGUCAAAACUCAAACUCUUAACUCUGCGUCUGCGUUGAGUUAAUCUAUACUUUAUAAUGUAAAUUAAUAUAAAUCAAAAUAAUUGUGAAAUAUGAAGGAUUAAUCUAUAAUCUGUGAUUUUAAUAAAGGUAGCAUAGCAGGCGACAGCUACUUGAACUCAUCUCUUUGUACUGAAGGAUGUAAAGGAACGCCGAACGUUAUUUUUGAGUUCAUGGAGAGUGAGAGAGUUGCAUUGCACUUUUUCCAUACUAUCAUUUGUGAAGCAACUCAAGCAACCAUUCAAAAAUAAUAUAAGUAAGUUACUUGCUUACUUGCUUAUACUUACUAAAACAAAAAUGUGUUCAAUAACUAUGAAAAUUGCAAUAUUUUUAUGUAUGAUAGUUUUAUGCAGAAGUCAUAAGAUUACAUCACUGGACAAAGUGUUUAAGGAAGGUGUAGAUGCAUAUUCCAAAGAGAGAUGGUCAGAAUGUAUUGUACAAUUUGAAGAAGCUUUACAUUUAUAUACAGUUCACAAAGCUGUGAUUGUUAACUGUAGGUUGCAAUGCAGAUCUGAACUUCCAAAGAGUGAAAUUGAAAACAUAGAAGAUUUAAAAAUUUUCGAAUAUUUCAUUAACGCUAGACAAUGUAUUACCCAAUGCCAGCAAAAAGGAUUUGAUGAUGUUCAUAUGUACAAUAAUGUAUCUAAUACAGUGUUAGAGUACAUGCAGGCAAGAAAGCCUUAUUCAUAUCUACACAUUUGUUACUUUCAAAUGAAUAAUUUACCGAAGGCUGCAUCAGCUACUUAUACAUAUCUAAUAGGACAUCCAUAUGAUGUCGAUAUGAAGAAAAAUUAUGACUAUUAUAUUGAACAGCCUGAAGUAGAUGUAAAAGAAGUUAUUGAUCUUGAACGUGAUGAUUACCAAGUUCUUUACAAACUUGGGGUACAAGCAUACAAACAAAAAAAAUGGGGUGAAACAGUACACAACAUGGAGGAGGCUAUAGUUCAUUAUCUCUCAUGGGAAAGCUCUUGUCGUGCUGAGUGUGACCGUCAGCCUGAACAAGAAUGGUCUCCAGAAUUUACAAUAACUGUCUCGAAUAAUAUUGCCUCAGUUUUAACAUGCAGACAAAAGUGCCAGGAAGAGUUAAAACCACUGUAUGACUCUGGCAUAGAAAUAUUGGCUGAUAUAUUGAAUUACAUACAGAUAUCUUAUUAUCAUCUAGACAGAAUUGACAAUGCUGCAAAAGCUGUUGCCACAUAUUUGGCAUUGUAUCCAAAUGAUGAAGACAUGCUUGAGAACAAAAAUAUUUAUCAAACUCUCACAGAUGAGAAAAAGUUUGUAGAAAUACCAGACAUAAUAUUCUACUAUAAAAGAGAUAAGAAUGAGAAACAACUUCUUGAUAUUUUUCAUAGAGAAGAUAAUAGUGACCCUAAUGCCAAUACAAUUUAGGCAUAUGUAUAAUAUGCUUUUGAUAAUGUAAUGUUUUUUCAUAGAUCUCUAGUAUUAAGUUAAAGUUACUUAUAAUACCUAAUAAGUAUAUAUUUUUUAUUUUUUAAUAAAUUAAAUCCUUUUACCAGUGCCAUACUACUACAAUUAAAAGAUAAUCCUAUACUUAAUUUA